UGCUUUCUCUCAGGCAAACCUUCCUCUAAUUCCUUAAUAAAUCCUUCUCCGGCAGCCGACAACGAAAAUUUCCCUUCGAGGCCGACUUAAACGGCGUCGUUUUCCUCCAUGGCCUCCCCGUACAGAGAUCGGAUCGCCGAGUUCCGAUCACUAUCCCAAACGCUUCAAAAGCUCGGAGGAGAGAUCUCAGCCGUCGAUAAGAAUCAUCUCCAAAACGACGAUGUUUCCCAAUCACCUCCUCUUCCAUUUCCAUCUUUCAGAUCUGAGUUCAACAGAAAGGCUUCUCUAAUCGGGUCGGGUAUCCAUGAAACCUCUCAAAAGAUUGUUCGACUUGCCAAAUUGGCGAAAAGAUCAUCGAUGUUCAAUGAUCCAAUUGUUGAAAUACAGGAAUUGACUGCUCUGAUAAAGGCCGAUAUUACCGCCUUGAAUGCUGCACUUUCGGAUUUGCAAACACUUCUAAACAUGGAGAUCGCUGAUGGUAAUUACUCCGAGGAUCGGGUUGUUCAUUCGACAAUGGUUUGUGAUGACUUGAAGAACAAGUUAAUGGGUGCUACAAAGCAUUUCCAAGACGUGUUAACUGCAAGAAACUGAGAAUAUUAAAGCUCACGAGAAUAGGAAACAGAUAUUUUCUAAAAGUACAACAAGAGAGAACCCGUUUCAGCGCCCAACAAAAUCUGUGAUUGAGCCACCUCCUUGGUCAAGUUCUUGAAAUGCCAUUGAGAUUUCACUGCC